UUAUGCUCCUGAUAUCCAAAGAUGAAAUAGUUUUGGACCCCGAGCGAUAAAGCAUGGAUCUGUGAGGACUUCUGAUUAAUUAACGACGUGUUCGUGCAGGCUUCCAUGGAGCUGCAGUGAACGCCUUUUCUUCUCCCUUGUUUACUUUCCUGUCUCAUUCUGAAAAGCAACCAAUUAUUCUGCUAUCCUUUCCUCUCUCGUAUUCUCUACGAUAAAGAGAGAGUGACAAGAAUAAGGAGAAGAAGGCGCUAGCCUGGCUGGCUAACUGCGAAGGAGGAAGAAACCUCUGCUUUGCUUCGUCUCCAAAUGGCGACCUCUUUCAGGGGCUACGACGAGUCUCCUUCCUCUGCCCCUAGUUACAUGAGAGAGAGAGGCCGCCGCAAGCGACUGACGGCGCAGAAGAGGAAGGAGAUCAAAGAAGCGUUCGAUCUCUUCGACACGGACGGUUCAGGCACCAUCGAUGCGAGGGAGCUGAAUGUUGCGAUGAGAGCAUUGGGGUUCGAGAUGACGCCGGAGCAAAUCAGGCAGAUGAUCGCGGAGGUGGACAAGGACGGAAGCGGGACGAUCGACCUGGACGAGUUCGUGCACAUGAUGACGGACAAGAUAGGCGAGAGGGACGCCAGGGACGAGCUCACCAAGGCCUUCCGGAUCAUCGACCAGGACGGAAACGGGAAGAUAUCUGACGUGGAUAUUCAGCGGCUGGCCAUCGACGCUGGCGAGCACUUCACGCUCGACGAGGUCAGGGAGAUGAUCGAGGCCGCCGACGAAGACGGUGACGGUGAGAUCGACAUGGACGAGUUUAUGAAGAUGAUGAAGCGCACAAGCUUCGGUACCGGGUUUUAAUUAGCACAACACCAAUGUACAGUGUAUAUUUAUAUAGCGAGCCCCUUGCGCACGUGUUGGAAUGUGAAGCACUAACAGAUAAUAGAUGAUGUCUUUACUUAUGAAAUUUAAGUUGGGGGCUAGUCCCUUCAUUUUAUCGAGACUAUUUCCUGUUAUUACUAGAAAAUAAAUGUUAUUGCAUAUCUUUUAUAUA